AAGGAUGGUGUAAUUAAUUAUUGUGUCCUAUGUGAAAAACUAAUUCUAACUCCGCUCAUAAGAGACAAGAUUAAGUCGUAGCAAAAGAACUCUAAGCAACGCACAGUCUAAAGUUUAAUCGUUUGGCAUCAAAAACUAAUUCUGUUGACGUAAAAAUGCAUGAUUAAUUCCCAUAGAGCCUUGGGAUGAUCUAGGGUGAUAUAUAUAUAUUGUGCGUGACGCAAUAAUCCAAAGCACAUAGUGAGAAACAUAAUAAGGACACCUCGUGGGCUCCACAAGCACAAUGACAAAGCCAAGCACGCCAUCCUCUAAAAUAUUUAUGCGAGGGUGAAAUUGGUGAUCUUUCUUAUGCAUCUCCCCUCUCAAAUCCCCUCAACCUUGGGCCACUCCUUCAAUCAGACCUCAAACUUUUAUCCUUGAGAAUUUCAAACGCACGGCGAAGACAAAACUCUUACCUUUGGACCUUAGCGACCCCACAAUCCAAAGGAUCCUCCGCCAACUUUGGAUUCUCAACUAUAUAAGCAACACCAAGGCCAACUUUGCUCAAAGAAAUUUGGAGGCAAAAAUUUAAUAAAACAAAACAAAACAAAACACAAGAUGACCACUCUCUCCCUAACUCUCUCCUACACAACCAAAUGCUCGUCACACAAGGACAGUGAGCAUAAAGGCCUUAAGCCUAACAAGAGCUCGGUCAAAUUGAAUGGCUUCUCCUCCAGCAACAAGGCGGUAGAGGGCGGCGUAAAUUUCUCCGCGAAUGUUGCCACGUCACCGGGUAUCGCCUCUGUCGCCGUUGAAGAUGUCAGGGGGGAUAAGAGCAGGCAGAAUAUACCGAACAAGAAACAGUUAUCAGACCCUUUUCGCAUGGGACUAAUCACUGAAGGUGGUUUGAGCUAUCGGCAGACUGUUGUGGUUCGAUCCUACGAGGUUGGGCCCGAUAAAACCGCAACGUUGGAGACCAUACUCAAUCUUCUUCAAGAAACUGCACUGAAUCAUGUAUGGCAAUCAGGACUACUUGGCGAUGGAUUCGGGGCAACUCACGGCAUGAUCAAGAAUGACCUCAUCUGGGUUGUUUCAAGAAUGCAUCUCCAAGUUGAUCAGUAUCCUAUAUGGGGAGAAGUGGUGGAUAUCGAUACGUGGGUUGGAGCCUCAGGGAAGAACGCAAUGAGGAGAGAUUGGUUGAUCCGAAGUCGUCAUAACGGGCAUGUGUAUGCCCGAGCAACCAGCACAUGGGUCAUGAUGCAUCGGCAUACAAGGCGCCUCUCAAAGAUGCCGGAAGAGGUGAAGGAGGAGUUAUGCCCAUGGUUCAUUGAGAGGCAGGCAACUGUAGAUGAUGCAGCCGAGAAGAUAAUCAAGUUAGACGACAACGCUGUGUAUGUGGAUUCUGAUCUCAAGCCAAAGAGGAGUGAUUUGGAUAUGAACCACCAUGUCAACAAUGUUAAGUAUGUCAAAUGGAUGCUUGAGACUAUUCCUGAUGAAUACUUGGAGACCCAUCAGCUCUCUAGUAUCAUUUUAGAGUACAGAAGAGAGUGUGGCAGCUCUGACAUAGUGCAAUCCCUCUGCCAACCAGACGAAAAUUGGACCAAUGACAAAGAAGGAAAUUAUAUGAACCUAAUGAAUGGAUUCAAUCUUGCAUCAGAGAUCCUAGAGGGUCGCGGGUUAUCGGGUUUUCUAGAUAACACCCCAACGAGAUAUACCCAUCUUCUUCAGAUCAAAGGAGAGAAGAAAAACGAAGAAAUUGUUAGGGGAAGGACUACAUGGAGGAAAAAGUCCAAUGCAUGCAUAAAUGGAAGUGGCUAAGAUGAAGAGAUAUUUAAGUAUUGCUUUGCCCCCUUGCACAUUUCACUAAAAUAUGUAAUAACACCAUGCUCAGAGAUAAGCAUGAUUUUUUUUUUCUUUCCUCUUCUCAGUUUUUGCUUCGGUUUUUAUACUUGAAUGUGUAAAUGUCUCAAGAGAAGAUGUAAAGUUGUCCUCAGUUUCCAUUUAUAAAUGAACUAGUGUGUACCCCGUGCAAAGCA